UCUUCCGUGUUUACGACAGUCUUUGAGCCUGUAAUCAUUUACGGCAGAUAACGUAGUCACAUGUGUUUCCAGAGUCAACAGCGUGCUUGGUGAUAGAAGUCCAAAAUAGACCGUUUUUAAAGUUUUGUUAUAUCAUUAUGUCAUUCGGCGGUGGUCGUGGAGGGGGUCGUGGCGGUGGCUUCAACAGAGGUGGGGGACGGGGCGGCGGAUUCGGUGGUGGACGAGGCGGCGGAUUCGGUGGUGGACGAGGCGGCGGAUUUGGUGGUGGUCGAGGGGGCAGAGGUGGAUUCAGACAGCAAGACUUUGGCCCACCGGAAUAUGUUGUCGCCCUAGGAGAGUUUAUGCACCCCUGUGAAGAUGAAAUUGUCUGCAGAUGUGUGACAGAGGAAAACAAAGUUCCCUACUUCAAUGCUCCUGUAUACCUUGAAAACAAAGAACAGAUUGGAAAAGUAGACGAGAUCUUUGGGCAGCUUCGCGACUUUUAUUUUUCAGUCAAACUGUCUGAAAAUAUGAAGGCAUCCUCUUUCAAGAAGUUACAGAAGUUCUACAUUGAUCCAAUGAAGCUGCUGCCCCUCCAAAGAUUCCUCCCCAGGCCUCCAGGUGAGAAGGGGCCUUCUCGAGGAGGAAGAGGUGGAGGUGGGAGAGGAGGUGGAUUCCGUGGUGGACGUGGAGGAGGAGGAUUCCGUGGUGGACGUGGAGGAGGAGGAUUUGGUGGACGAGGAGGAGGAGGAUUCGGUGGAGGUGGCAGAGGAGGUGGUGGUGGGUUCAGGGGAGGUAGAGGUGGAGGUAGCGGACGUGGAUUCAGAGGUGGAAGAUGAUGAAGGCCUUAAAGGAAUCGGAUAUAUUGUUUUAUCUUCAGAGGAGGCUUCCAAAGAGACGCCAGAAGCAGCAUUUGGGGCCUUACACAGUCUUUGGACUCUGUUCAUUGAUGCCUCUCUUGUACAGCUGAAGUUUUUACUCUGUUUUGUACCAUAUUUGUAUUUUUUUUUCAGCAGUUACAUUGUAUUUGGUGUAUUAAUAGGGCUAUUUUUUUAAGUUGACAUGUUUGUGUACAAGAUGGCAGGUGUCUCCCACAAAAACUUCACUUGUUGGUUUGUUUCCACUUGUGUUUACACAUUGUGGUGCCAACUUGGUGAUUAUCUACAGCGUCUCUUAAGUUACAUUGCUGUAUUGUAAUUGACAUCUGAAUUUCUGUCAGCUUUGGAAUAACCAUGUAUUUGCUCAUUAAAAUCUAUG